AUGGGUCUCGAACGCCUGGCUGAUCGCGAACUGGGACAUCUCGCAGGCCAGCCCGCGGCCCCACGCCUGGGGCGUGAUGCGGUAGUACAGGAAGAGGCCCGCAUGGCCGGCGACCCUGCGGUGCAUGAGCCCGCCGAAGCCGAUCAGGCGCUCGGGUUGGUCGCGCUCCGCGAUCGCCCAGUGGCCGAAGCCGCGAGCCUGCCAGUGGUCGAUCCAGCCUUGCAGCUGCGCCUCGACAGCCGGGCGGCCCUGCGGCGUGGCGGCCGCGCAGAACCGGUUCACGGCCGGGUCGGCGUGCAGGGCCAGGAGCGUAUCCAGAUCGUUGUCCCGCGGGGGCCGCAGGACCAGGCGGCGAGUGACCAGGGCAGCCGGUACGGCGGCGGCGGACUCGCUGAACUCAGACGGGACCAUGAAAAGCGGAACUCGGUGGAAACCCUAGGAGGGUAG